AUUAGAAGCUGAUAAAAGGCAAAGAGUCGAUACUGUUGGGUUUGUAUCUAAGAUUGGGCUAUGGAAAAGUUGCAGUACAUCCAUGGGCAAGGAAAUCUGUCAGGAUAUUAAAGAUGGAAAAAAAGAGAUGGGAAAGUCUAUUGAUGCCUGUAAGGCAAUGCUAUUUUUGGCCAUAUUUGCGACAACGGGAGCUAUUGCGAGUGCAAUUCUUUUGAUGGUUGUUAUGAAGGAUAAACAGAAAUUGCUCUUUAUAGCAGGAGGCCUGGACAUCGCUUCUGGAUUUUUCUUGAUGAUUGCAAUGGCAGUAUAUGCUGAUAAAUGUAAAUUAUAUGGAACUAAUUUGGAUUACGGAUUUGCCCUGGAUAUAAUUGCCUGGCUGGCGACAUGGGCAGCUGGUGGAAUCUUCAUCGCUUCAAAGUUUUUGACAAAAGUCUAACGAUAAGAUACCAGAUUAAAAGCUACUAGAAUAACAAAUAUUGAACCGUUUUGAUUUUUAUAAAAUACUGAGUUGCCAAAC